GGCCCCAGACCACAUUCAAUGUCACCACACAGUCUUCUGGAGAUAAACUGUAUUGGGGCAAUACAGUUUAUCCUCAACCACUACAAAUUGAUUGUGUCAAAUUAUUCAUUUUCCGAAGAAACUAUAGAAUCAUCUUCAUUUUAGAAGAACAAAUUAAAGAGAAGAAAUAGACACUAUUUCUCAGACUGCUCUUCUCAGUCUUUCUGGUGUUUGUUCACGGGGAAAGCAAUGGCAUCAGUACCUUCCAUUGGUUGCCUUCUGGCCAAAAAUCAGUAUUAUCGAAAGGCCAGUAUCUCUUCAGUCAGCUCUGACUCUGUUAAUUUCAUAGAUGAAGACAAAUCCCUGCGAGGGUUCCCUGAAGUGGCAGAACCCAACUGGUGGUUUAAAUCCUUCUUUUAUUCUGAACCUGUACUUCCAAAUGUAAUAAGAAAAGAUCUGCCUGCUAGUGGGACCAAUUGCUGAUUGUGACAAAGUGACUCUACCUGCUGAGGUGCUACCCAUGGGAACAAUACCCUCCAGCACACCGGCUGUUCCAGACGACUCUUCUCCAUUGUAAAAAGACAAAAAACCUGCCUGAGAUCUCAGCAGCCACUCUUAAAAUGCAGGCAUUUUCUUCACUAUUAAAACCAUGACUAAGUGUCAUCAGCUUCACGGAACAUAUUGGAAAAACAUGAUUUUAGAAAUAUGUGUCCUUGUAAAGUAAUGAGUAUUCAAAUGUAGUAGACUUUUUAUUAUUCAUAUUAUAUUUUCAAAACAAAUAAAAAAUAAUUUUUCAUUUUCAAAAAAUU